AUGAGGGUCACAAAAUGGGUUGUACCGGUCUUGUUGCGUCUGUUGUCUCUCUCUAGUUUGACGUCUGCAGGAGGUGGGAGCGAGGCCAAAGCGCUCGUCGUCGGUUUCGCCUUGUCCGCAUCAUCCGCCACAGCCACAACAGCCACAACCGGACCACAGCCUCGACCUCAAGAUCUCAGCCUCGAGCUGGACUUCUUCCUCCAAGUCGCAAACCACGAACUCAGGGUCCCAAUCAUGCCUCUACAUUUACUAGGCAAGAAAUCAUGGAACGUUUACAACCAGGAUAACAUCGCGAAAGUAAAGCGCGAUGAAGCCGCUGCAAAGGCAAAAGAGGAGGCCGAGGAGCAGCGCAUGCAGGAGAUCGAUGCAGAUCGUCGCAUGCAGCUCUUACGGGGCGAGAUACCUACGCCAAUACCUGACGCCGAAGAAAGUAAUGCCGACGACGUUGGGGAGAAGCGCGAAGGCCGGCGACAUGAGCGCAAGAGGAGGAAGAAAGCUGGCGAGAAUGACACUGAUUUCGAGAUGCGCAUAGCUCAUGAGCAGACAGCGAGUUCAAAUGCCGAGAGACAAAUCGUGCUGCGGAAGCCUGUCGAUGCGCCGUUAGUCGAUCACAGAGGACAUAUUGACCUGUUCCCGCAAGAACGGGAACGAUCGCAUAAAGCGGCGAAGAACGAAGAGGCUGAGAAAGAAGCGGCGAAGAAGAAAAAGGAAUAUGAGGAUCAAUAUACGAUGCGGUUCUCCAAUGCGGCGGGCUUCAAGCAGAGUUUAGACAAUCCUUGGUAUUCGAAGACCAAUAGUUCCAAGGAGCAGGAAGCAGACGGUAUGCCUGGUAAGGAUGUCUGGGGUAAUGAAGAUCCGAGACGGAAAGAGAGGGAAGCUGCGAGGAUUGUAUCAAAUGAUCCUCUCGCGAUGAUGCGUCAAGGCGCGGCACAGGUGAGGCAGGUUGAAAAGGAGAGGAGGCGCUGGCGAGAAGAGAAGGAGAAGGAGAUGCAAGAGCUUGAGGCUGAGGAGAGGAGGCGAAAGCGUAAGCGGAGGCAUAGAGAUAAAGAAGAUGGGGAUGAGGAUGAUUUAGAGGAUUUUAACCUCGAUGCGCCUGAGAAAAGUCCCUCGAAAAGAAAGAAAGGAGAACACAGUAGGGCUCACAGACACGAAAGUCGACAUCGAGACUCCUCCCUAGGUCAUUCGCACCGGGAUGAAGAUAGGAGACGCAGGCAUAAACAUAGACGCCGUGAUUGA